AUGGCUCCCACAGAAGGAAAGAGCCGUAAACCAGCUAAUACGGCGUUUAAGCAGCAACGUUUAAAGGCAUGGCAACCGAUCUUGACACCAAAGACAGUAUUGCCCACCCUUUUCAUAGUUGGGAUUAUAUUCGCUCCUCUGGGUGGUUUGUUGUUAUACGCUAGUAACACUGUCUCCGAAAUCGAAAUCGAUUAUACAAAUUGUGACAGCCAAGCACCAGCAGAUUUUGGCCCAAUGCCCUCCGACCUUGUUAAAAUCUCGUUUGCCAGUAGCAAUGGAGGCUCAAAUAGUCCGCAAUGGCGUGCUGUAGAUGCCCAAACCGAAUACGGUUUUCAAGCGAAAAGGUGUACGAUUAUGUAUAGUAUUCCAGCAAGGCUGAAAGGUCCCAUCUAUAUGUAUUAUCGAUUGACCAACUUUUAUCAAAACCAUCGUCGGUAUGUAAAGAGUUUUGAUGCCAAGCAGCUCCAAGGUGAGGCAGUGCCAGUGGCAACGUUGGACGCUGGAAAUUGUAAACCAUUAGCGUCGUUAAAUGGAAAGGCUAUCUAUCCUUGUGGAUUGAUUGCGAAUUCUAUAUUCAACGACACAAUAUACGACCCUAUACUUCACAGCGCAGACGGUUCAAACACUACAGAGGUUAAAUUCACUACAGCUGGAACAGCAUGGCCAUCAGACCAUCAAAAGUAUGGCCAAACAAAAUACAACGUAACUGAUAUAGUUCCUCCACCAAAUUGGGUACUAAGAUUCCCCAAUGGAUAUAAUGAGACCAAUAUCGCUAACAUUACUGAUGAGCCAUUCCAAGUGUGGAUGCGUACAGCUGGGUUGCCUGAUUUCAGAAAAUUAUAUGCAAAAACAGGCGAGGCUUUUGAAGUAGGAACAUACCAGAUCGAUGUUGACUCACUAUUCCCUGUUACCGUCUACGGCGGUAGAAAAUCGAUUGUAUUUUCUACGGUGUCAUUUUUGGGAGGGAAGAAUCCGUUCUUGGGCAUUGCGUAUGUCGCAGUCGGUGUUUUGUGUGUGAUUCUUGGAAGCGUAUUUACAGCGAAACAUUUGCUCAAACCAAGACAACUUGGUGACCAUAAAAAAUUAUCAUGGAAUCAGAAUUCGAAAAAUCCAAAGGGAAGUGGUGGACAAUAA